AUGUUAAAAAGACAGAAAGAAACGUAUUCAGAAACAACAAGACCCAUUUCAUCAUAUUUUAAGCCCGAACCCAGCGAAAUUCAGUAUGGCAGAAUGAGGUUUUUAAUUACUGACAGGCCUUGCGAUGUAACUAUAAAAACUUUCAUUCGGGAAUUAGGUAAGCACAAUGCUCGUGCAGUGGUUAGAGUGUGUGAGCCAACUUAUGCUAAGGCACCUCUGAUCUCGAAUGGCAUUGAUGUACUCGACUGGGAAUUUGAUGAUGGCAGCGCACCACCUCCAGAGUUGAUUGCGAAAUGGUUGUCUUUAACGAAAGAAAGUUUUAAGUUGCAUCCAGAUCAAUGUAUUGCCGUGCACUGUGUUGCUGGGUUGGGUCGAGCUCCAGUACUAGUGGCUAUUGCCCUUAUAGAAGCUGGUAUGAAAUAUGAAGAUGCUGUUGAUCUCAUCAGGAGACACAGACGAGGCGCUCUUAAUCAAAAACAACUGAAUUUCCUAGAAAAGUACAAACCCACUGGACGGCUUCGCAAACUGCGAUAUAUCGAAGGAAAACCACUUAAGUGUUGUGUGAUUUAG